CCUCCUCCCCCUCCUCCAGGGCCCGUCCUUCUCAGAGAGGAAACUAAAGUUCCCAUCUUCGGACGCGAUUUGACGCGGAAUCAUGCCACGGAUGCUCCUGUCGUCGUAGAGUCCGGACGGCGUCGACUCGAGAAGAAGAAGAAGAAGAAGAAGAGGAAGAGGAAGAGGAGGACGUGGAGACGUUCGGUUUGUCCAACGAUGCAGAGGAUGGGCUCGCACGCUCGUCAUGAACAAGUCUCUGGGCACCUUGGAUGUUUGGUGAUGCCUUCAUACAGCGGAUCGACGGUUAUUCCCUAACAGGAGAGCUCGCAGUUGCUGACCUCACUGCAGCUGGUCUGACUGAAGUUGAGGGACUUUGCGGGAUGCGUUCCAGUGCCGAUGCACCACAGAGCCCCCUGGGCAGAGGAGGAGCUGGCAGCAGCAACCAAAACAGCGGGAACUCAGGCUCCCAGUAUGCGCUGUGUGCUCUGGGGGUUGGGCUCAUCGCCCUCGGCAUAGUGAUGAUCGUGUGGAGCGUCGUACCCGCCGACGCAGCCGGCAAUAGCAGUUCGGGAGCAAAUAGUAACACCGGGAGCAGGAAAAACAAAGCGUCCUCUGUUGCCUUUGUCCUGGUGGGUUCUGGGGUGGCCAUGCUGCUGCUGUCCCUGUGUGUGGGAAUGAGGAACAAACAGCGGGAGCAGCAGAGUCUGCGGGACGCCCAGAACAACGGAGGGGUGGCAGAUAUCGAGCAAGAGCGCAGAGAAACUGCUGAGGAACAAGCCCAGAGGUAUGCUGUACCCACCUAUGAAGAGGCAGUAGGCAGUGACCAGUACCCCGUUCGUCAGAGCAACCAUCGCCCCAGCUCCUCCCAUCUACCGUCCUACGAUGACCUGGUCGAAGUCGAUGGAGUACAGUCCUUUUGUGAGGGGUCAGAGGUCACAAAUAGCGACCCACAACCACCUGCCCCGGUUUCCAGCGCUCCCUCUGCUGCUGCCUCCGCGUCAACUCGUAGACCCGGGAAAAAUAACCGCAAGCUCCUGCCCAUCAAGAUCCGCCGGAUUAAAUCAGAGAAGCUGCACAUGAAAAACAUUGAUAACGCUCAGCCAGCAGUUGGGAUCAGUAUAGAGCCCCUUACUCCGCCGCCGCAGUAUGAAGAUAAAGUGCCUCCACUGAAAGAUCAAGUGGAUCGCGUUUAAAACAAUCUACUGAAAUUCCUGGAAUCUGCCACGAUCAACUAUCUGGAUCCGCCUUGUAAAGCCAAGUCUUGAAAACGGCUCUUAUUGCAGAACAAUCUCAGCGGCACUUUUUUUAUGAAUCACGAAUGCCAGAUCACAUGCCACAAUAUGUUUAUUUUAAAAAAAACAAAAAACUCUGGAACUCACUGGAUCUCUGAAAGGGAUACAGACAAAUAGUGACGGAUGGAUCCUUUUCUUGGCGCGUUGGAUUCAAAGCGCCUGCCAAAUGCAGUUUUUCUUCAUAUCAAAGUAGUUUUCUGUUUAAUUUCUUCAAUACCCGACCUCCACUGUGCACUCUCAAGUGGACGGCGAAAGCGAUCAGUGAGGAUUUGUGCGCACACGUGAUUGGAUAUGUGCAAAGCUGGUGAAGUACAGUAGCUGCACUGCGGGUUAGGCAGUGUCAAACCUUUGUAUUCGUGCAGCUGGCUUGACCUGAUGUGGAAUGCUGCACAGAAAUUCACUGUCUCAUUGCCAACAAUAUUUGUACAACACAGUACAAUACUG